UCCCCCGUUGCGUUCUUUCUAUAUGAAGCAACUCAUUAACGAGUCGUUUUAUUUUCUUUAAAAAGGUCUCAGAACAGCAUCCAAACUGCAUCAAAAUUUCCCCGCCAAAUCCCAGAAAUCUGAAGAAAUGUUACUGCGGCAGCGAUUCCUUCCCCUCCAAACUUACUCUCUUUUAUCCGCUUCAUCAUCAUCUUCUUCUUCUCUUCCUUUUUCUCUUUACUUUCAAAAACCUCUCUCACACUCAAUUUAUCAAACACCUAAUCUCUCUUCACCUUCAUCUGUACAUCAUAUACAUGCCUCAGCUUCAAAGACCUCAAACUCACCUGAAGCAGCAAAAUUCAUCAAAAGAGAACUUUUUGUUCCUCCUGGAGUAGACCCAGAGGCAAUUACAGGAGAUAUGAUUCUUCCUGGUUCAAAUAUCGUUCUGGGUCCAUAUGCUGGACACUCGCAUAUCAAAGAAGUCGAAUUUAUAAAGAGUAGUGCUAAACCAAAGGAUUGCCCGAAGGAUAAUUUUCCCGAGUUUGCGAUUUUAGGUCGAUCUAAUGUUGGUAAAUCAUCGCUUAUUAAUGCGCUUGUUCGCAAGAAAGAAGUUGCUCUUACUUCCAAGAAACCAGGGAAGACUCAACUUAUAAAUCAUUUUUUGGUUAACAAAAGCUGGUACAUUGUGGAUUUGCCUGGUUAUGGGUUUGCAAAUGCUCCUGAAUCUACUCGGAUGGACUGGUCUGCAUUGACCAAAGGUUACUUUUUAAACAGAGAUACUCUUGUUGCUGUAUUGCUACUUGUUGAUGCUAGUAUUCCUGCACGGAAGAUUGACCUUGAUUGUGCUAAUUGGCUUGGUCGUAAUGAGAUACCGAUGAUUUUUGUAUUUACCAAGUGCGACAAGUCGAAGAACAAGAAAGGAAAUAGGCCCGAAGAGAACAUCAAGGAUUUUCAAGACAUAAUUAGAGAAAACUACCGACAACCUCCACCAUGGAUCAUGACAUGUAGUGUGAGCGGCUUGGGAAGGGAUGAGCUUCUUCUUCAUAUGUCGCAGCUAAGGAACUAUUGGGAUCAGUAAAAAUAAACAUUUGCAACAUCUCCCGGAUGUAAUCUUAUAUGUAGAAGGCCUCUCAAAGUCUGGCUAAUUACUAAUCAUCAUCAAGUAACAAAAGAUUACAUUUUCUUUUUGCUGCUUUUUGUAAGGAUGAAACAUAAGUAACAUGGGUGCGGCUGUUGGUUGUAGCAUAUUUUCUAGUGUUUUUGGUCACUGUGCCUGCACAGUCUUGCAUAUUCGAUUAAUUGCACUAUG